AAACUAAUUGAAAAACACACUUUCGAUAAUAAACACCAAAACGGGGAAUGGAUAAACUAUAUUUUCUAUAACAUUGCUGGAGGAGGGCUUUGCGUUAAAUAAUAUACACUCCGAGGACGAGAAAAGCUGUUGGCAGCCAGCUGUUGGAUUGUUCUUGCUCUCGCUCUGUUGAAAGAAAAUCGCAAUAAUGAGCAAUCAACUAGCUCGACGUGUCGGACAACUACAAAAAUUCCUUACGGUGUCCUCAACAAAUGCGGCAUCCACCCACAACAAUUACUUCACCUAUGUGCGUGAAUUGUCGCAUCCGAUUGCCCGAGAUCCGCCCAUAGUGUCCGUUGAGGAAGCUGUGUCAUGCAUUAAAUCAGGUGAUACGGUGUUCGCCCAGGGCGCUGCUGCCACACCGGUGGCACUCCUCAAUGCAAUGACCCAGCAUGGCAAGUGCAACAAAUUGGAGAAGGUUACCGUUUGUCAUAUGCACACCGAGGGACCCGGCGAGUAUGCCAAACCCGAAUACAAGGACAUCUUUCGCUCAAACUCCUUUUUCAUGGGUGCCAAUGUGCGAAAAGCUGUGGCCGAAGGACGAGGCGACAAUGUCCCAAUCUUUCUGCAUGAAAUUCCCCAAUUGUUCUACAAGAAGAUUGUCAAGCCCAAUGUUUCAUUGAUUCAUGUAUCGCCACCAGAUAAUCAUGGUUUUUGUUCCCUGGGUACCAGUGUUGAUUGUGUUCGUGCUGCCCUUCUCAACUCCAAUACUAUUGUGGCUCAAAUUAAUCCAAAUAUGCCGCGUACUUUUGGCGAUGCCAUCAUUCACAAAUCUCAUUUUGAUUUUGCUGUCGAGGUGAAUGAUAAACUGCCACAGCAUGGUACCGGCGAAAUCUCACCAGUUGAGAAACAGAUUGGCAAACUGAUUGCUGAGAAUCUGGUCAAGGACGGAGCCACCCUACAAAUGGGUAUCGGUAGUAUUCCUGAUGCCGUUUUGGCGGCUCUGCACAAUCACAAGGAUCUGGGUAUUCACUCCGAGAUGUUUGCCAACGGUGUGGUCGAACUAGUCAAGAAGGGAUGUGUUACCAACAGCAAGAAGAAGAUGCAUCAAGGUCGUAUUGUGGGCUCUUUCCUCAUUGGUGAUCAGCCGCUGUACGAUUUUGUCAACGAUAAUCCCUUCAUUGAAAUGUAUGCCAUUGACUAUGUAAACAACACCAGCAUUGUAAAGCAACAACCCCGCAUGACGGCCAUCAACAGUUGCAUUGAGGUCGAUCUGACUGGUCAGGUCUGCUCCGAUUCUAUUGGUACACGUUUCUUCUCCGGUUUCGGUGGUCAAGUAGAUUUCAUUCGUGGUGCUGCUGAGGGUAUCGAUGGCUUGGGUGUUCCCAUCAUUGCCAUGCCAUCGACCACUAAGAAUGGCGAGAGCAAAAUUGUUCCCACUCUUAAGCCAGGUGCCGGCGUUGUCACCUCCAGAGCCCAUGUCCAUUAUGUGGUCACAGAGCAUGGCAUUGCUUCGCUGUUUGGCAAGAAUGUGCGUCAACGCAUGUACGAACUCAUCCAGAUUGCCGAUCCCAAGCACCGUGAGGCCUUAGAGAAGUCCUGCUUUGAACGUAUUAAGGCAAUUCCCUCACCCAAUUAAGAAAUUGAAGAAAACGGAGGAGCUAAUGUGGAACAAAAAAGCAAUUUCAAUGCGUCAAAAUUAUUACAAAUAAAUCCCCAAACUGCAUUCCCAAAAAAUUGUCUUUUUGGAGUAACUUUAUAGAACUGCGAUUAUAACGAUGAUAUCCUUUUUUAGCAUUAACAAACCAAAUGGAAAGCCAACAAAUUGAUAAUUACAAUAAAAAACAAAUAAAGAAAAA